AUGCAGUCUGUCUUGAACUCCACGUACCCCGAUGGCCGGCCCAUCACCGACGAGGAGAUCGUCGGCUUUUUGAUCGCGGCUUUCUUCGGCGGAAUGCACAACAGCGCCAUCACCACGUCUUGGUCCACGCUGGAAAUCUUCUCGCGCCCCGAGCUGGUGAAGGAGCUGCUGGCGGAGCAGCGGGAGGCUCUGGGCGGCGACUCAGCGCCCUUCACCUUCCAGGCCUAUGAGAAGAUGAAGAAGCUGCGGUCAGCCGUGAGCGAAGUCUUGCGGAUGCAUCCACCGCUCUUUUUGUUGAUGAGAACUGUGGAGCAGGAUGUGGAGUUCAAGGGCUACACCAUCCGCCGCGGCUCUGUGGUGGCGACGUCACCCAAUGUGAGCCACAUGAUCGAUGACUUCUACCCCGACGCGAAGACGUUCGACCCGAAGCGGUUUGUUGAUGGCAUCAAGGACGAAUUCAACUACAUCCCCUUCGGUGGGGGCCGACGGGUUUGCAAAGGCCAAGAGUUUGGCUACCUUCAGGCUGCGGAGGCCAGCUUGUCACAGCGACCCUGCCCCAGGAUGUCGCGCUGGGCCGACCUGUCAGCCGAGGAGGAGGAGGACUACCUGGCCCGGAACUGCAAGCUGACCCUAGCGCGAUCUCGCACAUGUCUCCUGAACGCAUUAGUGUCGGGUGAAGCCGCGUCCUGCGGAGAGAAGCUGCGGGAAAUGACCGUCUUCUGCUCCUGGCUGGUCAGCCAAAGCCCGCAAAGAACGUUGCGCCACUACAACAUCGUGACUUUGAAGCACCGAUUCGAGACCAUCGAUGGGGUGCCACCGCCCACCAUCGCGCAGGAUGGCAUGGUCAUUGCGCCUGAGCAGCCCUGCCGAGUGAGAUAUACGCGCAAGGAGCGAAUGUUCCUCUCGCGGCAGCUGCUGGGCCCGCCCAAAGCGCCCAGGAACGUUUUCUUUCCAUGGUUCAACUUCGUGAUGGCCAAGACGGGCACUUACCUGGAACCAAACCGCGCUGCCUUCCGAGUGCCGGUGCACCUCACUAAGCCGGAGAUCCGGAACUAUUUGCGUGAGAUCUACAAGGCCAAGGUCAUCAAGGUGAAUACCUACAUCAAGCUUCCGAUGAUCCGCCGGAACUCCUACGGCCACUAUUACAACAAUGGGCCCCAGUACAAGAAGGCGAUCGUUACCUUCGAGGAGACAAUCCCCGACGAUGUCAAGAUGAUGUACAACUCCAGGAAUCCCGGUAUGAAUCCGGCCAUCACGAAGUACGAUACUCCGAGCAUCCGGCGCUGGAAGCCCUUCCGGCCAGGUGCGAACCGCAAGAAGGACUGGAUGCCUCGCCAUCCUUUGGCUUGGGCGGAGCCGGUGCCCACUCUGCUGCGUGGGGAUGACAUCCCGCCGCCCAAGAGGGGCGACUCGGUGCUGCCGGACCACUCCAAGCCCUUCAAGCACUAUGGCCAGGUGAAGGAGAUUCCCCCUGGUACUCCCCAGCAGGACUCGCGGGACUGGCUCCCUCGAGCGAAUUGGGCAGGUGAAAGGUCGGUCGAUCUUGACUGGCUUUUGGGAAGCACACAAGCCCGAAAUGGAUGGCGAUUUGUUACCACAAAUCCACGAGCAAGCAAGGAAAUGGGAGCUCUUCGAGCACCAGCGAGUUGGUUGUUCUUUGGUCCAUGGUGUAUGACUGGCGCAAUAUAG